GGUGGCACUGCAGUAAAGCCGAAGUUCUGCCCUGUCUCGAAGCUCGAACUGACUUCACCUCCAACGUCUCGCGAACCUGCUGAAUUUCCGAAGGCCAAUUGAGCGUCACCCAGUAUGUCGACCAUCACGCGAACUGUCCGUAACCUAUGGAAGGUCGGCAUCAAGGACGCCUUCCACCAGAUCAACUACAUCGGUGACACCAAGGCCGGCGUCCUCAUUGGAACCGACCGCUUCGGCAACAAGUACUUUGAAGACUUCGAGGAAUUGCCUCUGCGAACGAGAUGGGUAGACUACAAGAGCAAGGACGUAGAUCCAGCAGAGAUUGAGCCCGGUUGGCACGCGUGGAUUUCAUACGCUGUUGACAAGGCGCCAACCCAAGAUCCUCUCUUGGCGUACAAGCGAAGACCCUGGGAGGAUGCCGAUGCGAAGACAAUCCCCAAUUACACGCAGACGAGAGGCGCGUAUAAGCCCUACAACACCGUCAAACCAAAGCACACUGCAUGGGUACCUGUGGCUGCGCCGAGGCAGUAGAGAUACGGAUGAUAGGAAGUAGCAUUAGCGGUGUAUAUAUCAAGCUAGACUGGUUGCCUCAUGUCCCAAUCACAAAUUGAUGUGCUUUCCCAGAC